AUCGACAGGUAGAAAUAAACCAUGGCCGAUGUUGAUGUUGAGGUUCCGGUCAACCCCGUGCUCAGCGGGGCGGCGAUGGAUGUGAACACAGCCCUGCAGGAGGUCCUGAAGACUGCUCUCAUCCAUGGUGGACUUGUGCACGGACUCCAUGAAGCUGCUAAGUCUUUGGACAAGAGGCAAGCUGUUUUAUGCGUGCUGGCGGAGAACUGCGAUGAGGCAGCGUAUAAAAAGCUGGUACAAGCACUCUGCAACGAACACCAGAUCCCACUUGUCAAGGUGGACAACAACAAGAAGUUGGGCGAAUGGGCGGGUUUAUGCAAGAUUGACAAGGACGGCAAAGCCAGGAAGAUCGUCGGUUGCUCAUGCGUCGUUAUCAAGGACUUCGGUGAAGAGACGCCAGCGUUGGAUGUGCUGAAAGACUACCUGAAGUCGUCCAGCUAAGUCCUAGGUGUAUGCUCUAAGUUACAAUAAAAAUCCAAAAAAAUCGAAAA